AAACCUAAUAACUUUUUGGCUCUGUAAACACAACGAUCGAACACAAACAAAUAUUCAUAAAUUGUGCGUUAAUUAUUAAAGAGAAAUAUCAUCAAAUAUCAACUGAUAUCGCAAACCUAAUCGAUAAGGAAUAAGCAAUAAUGUCAACACAACCCACCGAUGUUCAGUAUCUGCGCUGCCUGAAGUGCCUGAAGAUAAUCAAGUGCUCGCGGUACGAUACCAGCUGCCUGGUGCGUCACGUGCAGAAGGAUCAUCCGGAGAUCAUUGACGAGUCCAAUGAGAAGGUGCACAACCUGCACAAGCUGGCCGCCGAGCACGGCAUCAGCGAGGAGCGGCUGUCGGAGAUUAGCAAAAUGACGGGCAUGUCCGAGGCAGAGAUGGCCGAUGAGGCCGAGCGCUAUUUGCAGGGCAAGAAGCGCCCCGACAGCCAGCAGCGCGAUGGCAAGGAUGGUGCCCAUUCGGGGAGUUGGAAGCAGCCGAAGCUAACCGAUUCCAAGGAGCUGAACCGACGUCAGUUCUAUCGCAGCUCCAUUGAGCGCUGGAUGCCCACGGAGGGCUGCAUCUAUUGUCCCAGCUGCGGCUGCAAUCGCCGGCCAUUGAUCAAGACCAGCUCCGAGUUCUAUACGAGCACCGGCUGCUCGGCGGCCUGUGUGGCCAAUUGUUGGCCCUUCUGCUUUCUGCCCUGCCUCAACUCGGGCGACAAUCGCGAAUAUCUGCACUGCUCCAACUGCAAGAGCUUUCUGGGCAUCUACGAUCGCGAGAACAAUUGCAUACGGCCCAAUCGCGAAUUUGUGCCCACCUAGGAGCAACAUCUGCCCACCAGCUCACCAUUAACUAUAUAUUUAUUUACACACAUUUGCUGCAGUGCUGGAAAUACGAGUUAGUAACAAUAAUAUAUUUCAAUUGCGACCCAGAA